UUCCUCGCGACCUGCGGUUUAUUGAUCAGUCGGCUAGUUUCUAGGCGCUGACGAUUUGCAGUUACCCGGUCGCUGUUAGCUUUCAUUCAAUGUGUUUUUGUUCUAUUCUCAGAAUUUGAGUUUGGUUUCGGUCAUCUCGCAUUGUUUGUGCGGUUCGUCCUGGAAUUGGGUCGCGUCCGAGAUCGGGAAUGCUGGAGUGAGUUUGCAAGGUGGGCGAAGGGAUCUGCGUUGGGAAUCCACCACGGCGAAUCAACCUGAGAAGGGUUGGUUCGAUCCGUCCACUGGGGCGUGGAAAUUUUGGAGGCGGAAGGGAGGCUGGAUGCGAGAACACUGCGGGAGCGAUUGGGGAUGAGCUAGUGGGGAUAGUGAUUGAUUGACCACGACGAGGUUGCAAGCAAUCACGAGAAACCGUUAUGUAGAUUGGGUGAAUGCACCAACGUGAUCAGGUAUGCAAACUCCCUCCCAACCCCACUCACUGGACACGAAGCAGAAGUGGGUGGAGCUUCAAUCCUACGACACUGUCGACCUCAGUUCCCCUUCCCCGCAGCUCCUCUCGCAUCAUGGCAUCCCUGUUCAACACACCGCCGAUACUUCUCUUCAUGUUCAUUCGGAUUUGCCACUCGAAUCAGGACCACGCGAUCUCGAAAAUGGAAGCCACAAAUUGCCGGUAAGCGAGGAGCAUCCUCUUCUCGUGCGCGGUGCGGCGUCGUCAGACGCCGCGGAAGAUGAGCAGCUGGGGAGCUAUGGCGACGAAAUCGCCACGGCGGACGUUGGGAGUGCGGUGUUCAACCUGGCGACGACCAUUAUCGGGGCCGGGAUCAUGGCCCUCCCAGCUGCCAUGCGAGUCCUGGGUGUGCCGUUGGGAUUGCUGGCAAUUUUCGUGAUGGGACUGUUGUCGGAGAUUUCGAUUGAGAUGCUGGUGCACCACCUGACGCUCACGAAGUUGUGGACGUUCGGGGACUUAGUCGGGGAUGCCGUGGGAUGGGCGGGGCGGAUGCUUGCGCAGCUGUGCAUUCUCAUCAACAAUGCCGGGGUGUUGAUUGUGUAUCUAAUCAUCAUGGGCGAUGUGUUAUCCGGGUCAGAGAACCACGAGGGCUUGUUCGAGGGAUGGGCAGGAGCUGGCUGGUGGAAUAAUCGAAAGGUUGUGGUUGGGGUGACGAUGGUUUGUGUUCUGGCACCUUUGUCGAGCUUGAGGCGGAUCGACUCACUGAAAUUUUCGUCUGCCGUGUCAGUGGCGCUGGCGGUCGUUUUCGUGGUGCUAUCCUCAGGGAUUGCGAUCGCAAAGAUGGCAGCCGGGAAGCUGGAAGUGCCCCGGAUGCUGCCUUCGUUUGCGUCUAAGCGUGCGAUUUUGGAGCUUUUGACGGUGAUCCCCAUCAUGUCGAACGCAUUCGUGUGCCACUUCAAUGUUCCGUCGAUUUACUUGGAGCUCCGAGAAAGGUCUCCCGCGAAGAUGUUCAAAGUGGGUCGCAUCACGGCCGUGCUGUGUGUGUUGGUGUACAGCGCCACUGCGCUGUCGGGGUACCUUAUGUUCGGGGACUUGACAAACUCCGAUGUGCUCGCGAACUUUGACACGGAUUUGGGAAUUCCGUUCAGCCGGUUGCUGAACGAUGCCAUCCGCAUCGGCUACGUGCUUCAUCUCAUGCUUGUGUUCCCCGUCAUCCACUUUUCUCUGCGCCAGACGAUCGACGCGGUUUUGUUCCCCAAGGCGCCUCCCCUACCGGAGAGUAAGUAUAGGUUUCCAAUCAUUACUGUCUUUCUCCUUGCGUUGAUAUUCGUAGGGUCGAUGCUGAUCCCCAACAUUUGGGUUGCGUUUGAGUUCACGGGCGCCACCACGGGACUCUCUUUAGGUUUCAUUUUUCCGGCUCUUGUUGUGAUUAGGUCAAAUAUCAAGAGGGGCAAGCACGCCCAUGAGAAUCUGCCGCUCGCCUGGACGAUGGUUGUGAUGGCAGUUAUCGUUAGUUUCAUAGGAAUUGGUACGCAGAUUUACAAAGUUACAUCUGGUCAAUGAGGCUUAGGAAUCCAAAACUCAUGCACUCAGGCUAUAUAUUCUUUGGAAUUUUAUAAUUCCCAGUGGUAAUGGAAACUUUGCAUAUCACGCGCUGUGUCUGCCGUGGUUGACUUGACUAUCA